AACCAAUAAAUUCUCACUAGCAACUCUCAAUGGCUCCGACCACAAGGCAAUCAAUCACGCAGAAAAAGUAUUGUGAGCUGGAAAAGCGAAACCAUGUCAUCGACAAAAAGAAAAAGGUCAUUGUAAAAACAGCUCUUUUCACUCUCAUGGAGAAGUAUCCAUGUUUUUGGCAACACAACGUCAGAGGCUCAUUGGACCAGUGGAUACUAGUUCGUGCGGAGGUUUAUGAGCAAACUGGAGAAGUGGUCCCUGAACGUGAGCUUCGUGAGAUGUUCACUAUGGCUAAGAAAUUUCUCAAGACAAAAAUCAUGAAGAGCAUCAGAAAUAGUAUCGACCACGAUACCAUGGAAGCUCAACUUCGUCAAUGGAAGUUUUUCCCGUUUAUCGGUUACUACUAUAAAAGUCUCGCCAAAUUCGAAAGUACGAUGAGAAAAAAGCAAGCAGAAAACGGACUAGUGUCUGCUGCUCUUAUGGAAGAUGACACGCUCGGAGAAGACACGGAGGAAGACAUCAGUUCGGAGGAAGAUGAUGACAUUGUGGUUGUAGAUGAGAUCAUUCGCGUUCAGAGUCCGAGAAGUUGCAUUCAAAACGUGAAGCCCCAGCAGUCCGCCAGCAGUCCGCCAGCAGUCCGCCAGUCCGCCAUCGUUACACCAUCGGCAUCUGAGAAUAAUCGCACUUCCAAUGCCGCGAGCAAUGGACAAUGCUCCCAGCUACGCAACCACACGAAAAUUUGCAUCGAAUAUCACUUCUCAAAUUGAUCGUCUCUUCAGCAAAAAUCCGGAAAAAUCCAAGCUCUUCAAGGAUGUUCUUCAGAAAACUAUCUUGUCACUGGACGAUCCAGAGGCAACUCACGGAAAUUGCUGUGACGUUUUUGAAGAACUCUAUGCUGCUGAGGAUCACAAGCUGAAAUCGAAAUCAAGAUUUGGAAAUGGCAAUCGUUGAGCGAUUUUUAGUACAUCUUUUAUUUAUUCUGCAUUUUUUUCUUUCAAUUCCAAUUCCCCCCUUCCUAUCUCUUUUUUGCGAUCUCCAUAUUUGUUUUGCCGCUCAAUACUUCUCCCACGGCAUACAAUUGUGAUAUAAACUUUUCUCCUUCCCCUUUUCAUAUUAUUUGAAGCUUCCUAAAUUUCAAAUUAUGUGGUUUAAAUUUCUAAUAGAGAACAAAUAAAUCCACAGCAUUGUUAA